GGUCAUACAGCCUAUUGAGUUUAAAUGAAACCAAAGGAAGUUUCUCAUUUCUUUGCUGUUACAUUUUUUUUUUUUGUCACUCGAGUGAAGGUUUAGAUGGAAAUUCAAAGUUUUAAUCUUUUUUUUUUUUGUUAUUACUUGGAGUUGAUUUAAACCGCUGAUGUGGACAUUGACUGGACUUGUUUACCGCAAUGAUGAAGACAGAUUUACUUGUUUCUACCUAAUAUCCGAUAACUAGGCUACAAAAACGAAGACUUUUCUUUUGUCUUUUUCAUACGAUAUCUGAAAUUAACGAAGAUUAUUGCAGGAGCUCCUCGGCUUUCCUAAAAGUGACAUUCCCAGCACUUGGAAAGGGCCUUGUGAGUGUGUAAGCAGGUGUGGGGAAUAUAGAAUCCAUUGGUUCAUUUUCAACAAGGAUAACAUUUACUUCACAUCUGAUGAGCGGGCGACGAGUUAUAACACAGUAAAGAGCAGACACUUGGAAAGCAUCAAAAAGUAUCGUAAGCAACGAGUGAACCAGUAGAGCACAGAUGGUCGAAGGGACUCGCAGGAUUUGAUCCUCGUCGUGAUACGAUGGAUAAGGUGGAGCAGAUCCUGUCAGAGUUCAGGCUGAAUAAGGAAGACCUCAAAGAAGUCAUGAAAAGGAUGCAGAGAGAGAUGGACAGAGGACUGCGUUUAGAGACGCACGAAGAGGCCAGCGUCAAAAUGCUUCCUACAUACGUCUGCUCCACCCCUCAGGGAUCAGAGGUGGGAGAUUUCCUUGCUCUGGAUCUUGGGGGAACAAACUUCCGGGUGAUGCUGGUGAAGGUGGGUGCAGACGAGGAGAGGAGCUGGAAGGUGGAGACCAAAAACCAGAUGUACUCCAUUCCUGAAGACGCCAUGACAGGCACUGCUGAAAUGCUGUUUGACUACAUUGCAGAGUGUAUGUCAGACUUUUUAGACAAACAUCACAUUAAGCACAAGAAGCUCCCUCUGGGUUUCACCUUCUCCUUUCCUGUACGACAUGAGGACAUUGACAAGGGUAUCCUUCUUAAUUGGACCAAAGGCUUCAAGGCGUCUGGGGCCGAGGGAAACAAUGUGGUGGGUUUACUGAGAGAUGCCAUCAAGAGACGAGGGGAUUUUGAGAUGGACGUGGUUGCCAUGGUGAAUGACACAGUUGCCACCAUGAUUUCCUGCUACUACGAGGAUCGUAGCUGUGAAGUGGGGAUGAUUGUUGGUACUGGUUGUAAUGCGUGUUACAUGGAGGAGAUGAGGACCGUGGAGCUGGUGGAGGGAGAGGAGGGGCGGAUGUGUGUGAACACAGAGUGGGGCGCGUUCGGAAACAAUGGGGAGCUGGAGGAGUUCAGACUGGAGUAUGACAGAGUGGUGGACGAGACCUCGAUUAACCCCGGACGGCAGCUAUAUGAGAAGCUGAUCAGUGGGAAGUAUAUGGGUGAGCUGGUCAGACUCGUUCUAAUGAAGCUGGUGAAUGAAGACCUGCUGUUUAACGGGGAAGCCUCAGAGCUGCUGAAGACACGUGGCAGCUUUGAGACACGCUACGUCUCACAGAUUGAGAGUGACGCUGGGGACAGAAAACAAAUCUACAACAUUCUGUUCUCGCUGGGUGUCCUGCCUUCAGACCUGGACUGUGACAUCGUGCGUCUGGUCUGUGAGAGUGUUUCCACUCGCUCUGCCCAUAUGUGCGGUGCAGGUCUUGCUGGUGUCCUUAAUCUGAUGAGGGAGCGACGCAGUCAGGAAGCCCUGAAUAUCACAGUGGGGGUCGAUGGAUCUGUCUACAAACUACACCCAUGUUUCCGUGAAAGGUUCCACAAAAUCGUCAGGGACCUCACUCCUCACUGUGAGAUCACCUUCAUCCAGUCGGAGGAGGGGAGUGGUCGUGGAGCUGCUCUUAUCUCAGCGGUGGCCUGUAAGAUGGCAGCAUGCAUGCUGACACAUUAAACAGAGUUGUGCACUGAGCUCUCUCCCAGCAGGAGAACAGAGAAACAAGCCUGAACUCUGAUCUGAGAACACUGGUGACAUGACAUCCACAGUCGGCAGCUAUAUCCUUUUUUUUCUUUUUUUUUUUUAGUUUUAGAGAUGUUUCUCUGCAAAUUGGAAACUCACCACUGAAAGGUGGACUAAUAAGUAUACAGCUAUCAACUUAGAUUAUAGACUAUUUUGUUGUAUUAGACCAAUUUGUUAUUUGGUUUAUUACCAAUUAACAUGUAACUCAAGUUUAAGAUCGGUUCUCUGUUGCACUCAGAAAUUAGGUUGCAGGAACACUCAAAAUAAAUGCUGCUUAUGUAUCACUGCCUGUUGAUAGUGUUUGGGUGUAGACAAUGUAUAAUAGUAAGUUAUAAUACCAGUGCAAAGUAGUGAGAUGUACAAGAUAAGAAUUCAUUUUGUAAAUGUUUUUGUAAACUUUGACUCAUCUAAUUCAUGGUUUUGUUGUGUAGUAAUGUGUCUUGUAAUGAAAUGUUUAUUUUCUUCCAUUGUACAUAAAUAUACCUAUACAUAUAUACAUUUUAUGUUUAUAACCUUAUGUGUGUUAGCGUGUAUUUAGUACUUUUUCUUAUGCCUUAUGAAAUGUACUUUGAUGUGAAUAAGAUUAUCUGUAUAUAGACUUGUGUGAUUAAACUAAAAUAUUGUACAUUACAUUUAUGUUUUUUUCCUAAUUCAUAAAUUAAUUGGGUUCAACUUUUUUUUCCCUUGGGGAAGUCUCAUGUAGUCUCAUGGUGAGUGCACGCGCCCCCAUGUCGGGAGGCUUUAGUCCUCCAGGCAGGUUGCCUGGG